GGAGCGCGGUGCCUCAGUAGGGUCAUUGGCAGAUGGUGUCACUGCAGCACAACUUCUCCAGAGGAAAGCAUGUACAUUGUCGCGGUACACAGAGGAGCUGUUAUAUAUCCUCAGCCUGCGGGCCAACAGCUCUAAUAAUUUACGUCUCAGUGUGUGCAUGGAGGAGACUGUGAGAAUCCUGCUGCAGAACCAGGACCCCCUGGAGGGGGCGCUGGUGGACCCGCUGGAUCUCAUGAAGGCCUACAAGGACAAGCUCCUGGAGGAGAUGUGGAAGCAACAGGACAGUCUGGAGGGUCCGCCCCUGGCCCCCUCGGCCCCCGGCCGCCCCAGGCCCCCCGGGGCCAGGGACGAGGCGGACGACCACAGCCCCCUCCUGGAGCGACUCAGAGCCCUGGAGGAAGAAAACUCGGCCCUGUCCAUGGAGAACGACAACCAGAGGAAGCAGUAUGAACGCUGUCUGGAUGAAGUGGCUAAUCAGGUGGUCCAAGCACUCCUAACUCAAAAGGACCUGAGGGAGGAGUGUGUGAAGCUGCGGACGCGGGUGUUUGACCUGGAGCAGCAGAACCGAAUACUCAACGUGCUCUUCCAGCAGCGCCUCAAAACGUCCUCCAGUCCUGUCGCACAGGAGGCCCAGAGGAAUGGGAAAGCAGGAACUCCCUCCGGAAGAUGGCCCAGCCUGCUGAGCCUCACCUGCCCUCGCAGCAGCUGCAGCAGCAGUGAGGUCUCUCUGUCCAGCGCAGGGAGCGAAUACUCCAGCGGCUCACACACCUGGACCGACGGGCGGGGCUCCUCCAAGCAGUGUGCCCUAAGUCGGGAGAAGAGGAUGAGUGCCGGUUCUGUGUCCAGCAACCACUCCACCGUCCCGUCAGAGCAGCCGGAUCUAGGAUGGAAGGAGGGCCACAUUCUCAAGGGCCUGAAGAGGCUGCAGAUGCGCAGCCCCAAGGAGGCUUCCUUCCUGGUCCCCACGUCCCAUUAUAAAGACUGCAUGACCUCCAACGAGGGAAUAUACUCUUUGGGGGUUAAAUGUGGGCCACAGGGGAUGGUUCCUAAACUGGCGGUGACGAAGGCGAAGACCUUCAAGCCAGGAGCAGAAGUCCCCGCCUUACCCUCAGACUCGGACGACGCAGACGAUGACCCACCUCAGUCUGGUGACACAUCGUCGAAAGAGAGUCCUUCACCAGAGGACGCUGGUGAAUCCGGAUCAGGAGCAUCGUACGGCAAAGCCCGCUCCCCGGACGGCUCAUCCUCAGAGGAGCCGGUGAAACUCACAGGGAGCUCCGGAAACUUCCUGUCGACUGUCACAGAGAACGUCUUCCCCGAGGACCCCACUCUCAUACCUGCCGUCAGCCUAACCGAGAGCUCCGCCCACUCCUGCAAACCACAUAACUCAGAUCAGGGAGAAACUAGCGAGCGACCUGUCUUUAAAAAGUGGAAGGAGAAAGACGGAGGCCAAAGCAGGUCUGGUGAACGCAAGUCUAGGCUUGAUCUCGUCAAGCAGCAGCAAAGCAGAGUUGCGGACAAACAAGCCGGGGCUAGAGACAUGAGUCUGCCGAUUCAGCACACUGCGGCUCAGGUUUUGAGCUGGGCCAGUGAGGCCAGACAGCGCAGCGCCUCGAUGGACAUGCCUCACUACAGGGAGAAGGCCAACCAUGUUCCAGCCGACACGAAGGACUAUACCAUCUUGGAGUCCCCUCAAAGGAAACCCAAGCCCCAGGCUUGUGAUUCGGCAAGGAAGGCCUUCAUUCUCAGGAGCAAGAGUGCAGAUGGAGGCCCGGAACAGCCCAAGCAGCUGCACUCGCCCCUUCAUCAAAAGCUGAUUAAGGUUCACCACAGGCCCAAAGGCCGCUCAAACCCUCUUGUACACAACAUUCCUAGUGCAAAGUCCAAUUUCACCAAGGUCCAAAGCAGCUCUAAGGUAUCUCAACAGAUGGCCGAGAAAAUUGGGAAUACCGCUGGGCCAGCCAUCUUGGGCUGUGUGGAGACUGCAGGACAAGGAUCCCUUUCAGCGGUGAAACAAUCAAAAACAUUCAAGGAUCCAGGUUUUACUGAUGGCCCCAAGAGCCCUUCCAAGGCACUUCAGCCUGCCUCCAAACUACCCUCGAGAAAUGACUCUGCUCCAAAAGGCCCUACCUCAAACAAUUUACCUAACUCUCCUCUCAAACAGAGAUGCCAAGACCAGCCCUCCACCACUCCCCAUCCCGGCCUCAGAUCCCCCUCCCCUCCCCUGCCACCCGGCCGAACUACGUCCUUACUAGUCAGAUCAGGAUACGACUCUUUACCUCAAGCACACAAGCCUGCAGUUCAAACCGCAAACGGUGCGAAAGCAGCUACUAACGGCAACAAACCUCAAGCAGUCCAGCAAUCACCCGUUAAACACAUGCAAACCCAAGUCCCCAUCAAAACUCAGGACGCUCGCCACAAGGCCCCAAAAAUGGGCGCUUCUCCUAAACGUGUUCCUUCAAAGGUUCACCAUACGUUACAAGAAUCCAACGAAGCCGACUCCACCCAGUUAUCCAACAACAGGUUGACUUCACACGAGGAAAACUAUGUUCAAAACGUGGUGAUUUGUCAGCAGGGAAUGGGUGAUCAGCAGGCUCCUGAAGUCUCACCCCAGGGUUCCUCUGUCUGCCUUGGGAUCAUAAAUAACCCUCACCUCUCCAUCUCCAGGGCCGUGAAGACAGCCCUUCCUGUUGGUGGCAAAGCUCCAGAAACGUCUCCGAUGCAAGCCAACACCUUCCUCGUCCUGGGGAGGCGUGACCAAAACGAAAGCAACAGUGCGCGUCGUUCAAAAGCGGUGCAGGCAUUCAACCUCAAAGCACACUCCUGUCAGAUGCUGCCCGGCGUGAACGCGGCCGUAGCCAAGGCUAAAGCCGAGCGGAAGAUCGAGACGCGUUGCAGCUCGCUGGACUCUGAGCCUCCUGUAGCUCCGCCCGCGGUCGAGACCGGGACCAUGCUGGAUUGGGGGUUUGACGAGGAGGGCUGGCUUUUCAAGAGGUCCGUGUCAGUGUCCACCAGACCGCCUCUCAAACCGGUCAUGGGCAUGAAUGGAGCCAAAGCUCGAAGCCAGAGCUUUGGAGCGCGCUACAUGGACCGACCGAAUGUUAGCAGGUCCAGAAAGGUCCGCACCCAGAUUAAGACUCACUCAGGAAGCUCGUUGAACUCUCUCGGCGAUGUGUUCCAAGGAAGCAUGAGCUGCUCCAAUAGCUACCAUUGUCCAAUGAACAGAUCGCUGUUGAACAAUUUUUUGAUCGAAGAGGGCUUACCAAUUCCUUCUCAUUUGGGAGCUUCCAAUGAUAGGUUUAGUUUGAAACACCAGAGAGAACAAGCCAACCGGGUUCAGAUUGAACAGCAACUGUCCAGCGCCUUUGGAGAACCUGUUCCUGGAGAAUUCGAGAGACAAACCACCAUCACCACGAUCGAGGAGAAGGUGAUGCUGGGAAUAGAGAAGAACUUGCAGAAGUCACAAGAGCAGGACAGAACAAAUGAAACGAAGCCGAAAUCUGGGUUGUCGUUGGCCAACUGGUUCGGCUUCCGGAAGAGCAAGCUUCCUGCUCCGAGUGGUAAAAAGGGAGAUCUUUCUAAGGUGAAAGAGGAGAAGAAGGAACACAAGAUCGGAUCUCUUUUGGGUGGAAAGCAGGCAAAGACAGACAAGAAGAAAGAGAGGAGAAAAAGCGAUGGAAAAGAAAGCUCUGUGGGGAGACGAGAGUCCCAUGAUGCAGUGCGCCAGUGUCUGUCCAUGCCAGUCCCCGGAGCCCCGAUUCACGUUGAGACGGACGGACACACAGACAUCUCUGGGGAUGCAAAGAUGAAGAAGCAGAAGGUUAAUCUCAGACCCGAGGAUGAACAUGGAGCUGCUUUGAAAACCCCAAGCCAGGAUCCGGUCAUAAACGCCAUCAUGUGUUCUCCUCGUGCCCCGAGCUCUGGCCGCGACAUGCGAACGUUGGACAGCGGCAUUGGCACCAUCCCCCUCCCCGACUCCACCUCCUUCUUCUCUUCCAUCCUGCACCUCCUUCCCAAGUCAGCAUCCACCCCUGACCCGUCCCUCAGCCCUCCCAGUGCACCUGCCUCCUCCAGCGAGGAGAUCUCUCCGUCCCCUUUACCCCGAUGGAGACUGCCAUCCAAGGACCACUUCCUGGGGAUGCAAAACUCCAUGUCCGACACAUCUGUUACCCUCGUCCAAUCAGUGCCUUAUCCCAUUGUGACCUUCCUCCAGCCUGUCCAAUCCCUGUCUGAGCCUGUUGUGGCCUGUGCCAGUGAAUGUGAAACCCAGAGCAAGCUGCCAAGGCUGGCCUCAGGUGGAGUGGAGCCAAAAAGAAUGAGCCAUAUCAAAACAAAGACAAGGCCUACUCAGACCCAACUGCCAGAGAGGGCACAACCCCAGCUCGCCAUCUAAGUGAUUAUUGACUGAGUUGCGAGCUGGAGAGAGGUACAGAGAGCAGGCAGAAGCACAAGCAGGAGUAUUGGAUCUGGCAAGUCGGACAAGAGCCUGUACAUCCACAAGAAACAGUCUGUACAUCAUCCACAUCAUACACAAGAAACAGCCUGUACAUCAUCCUCACCAUCCACAAGAAACAGCCUGUACAUCAUCCACAUCAUACACAAGAAACAGCCUGUACAUCAUCCACACAAACAACCUCCGCUGAACACACCAUACACAUCUGAGUCACAUUUUCCUGAAGUACAGGUGCCCACUAGCACACCUGAACAAACCUCUGAAUGUUUUCAGUUUGUCAGGUGUUUAGCAGUAGAGCCAGGGUUCUCUCUGGAGGGUGCUGGCCCCAGAUGACAUGCUUCAUCAUCGAUUUAACAUUCAUAGUCAAUAAUCAUCACAGUAGCUGCAUGUCACUAGGCAAUUAACACUGUGGUUUACUCUCAUCAUAAUAUAUGUAUCAUGUACUUUUUACUUCCUGUGACAGACAAUAAUAGCAGGAAAACUCAGUGAACAGGUUCUACUCAGUCAUAUCAUACAAGCACAGUCAGGAGACUGCUUUGUUUGAUGAGCUCAGGGAAUAGACCAUUGGUGUCGGAAGGUAAGACAAAGAUUUAAUUUAAACUGUUAAGUGUAGAUGUUGAAUUGAUUAGCAACAGUGUUCACCUGAACUACAUAUUUGUGUUGCUUCUUUAUUGCUAUAUCCGUCUUAACAUGCUUCCGAAAAAAGACAUAUCGCAGAACUACAUCUCACUUUUACACUAACAUGUAUAUUGUGUACUUUAUACUGCCCUGUUUGGUGUUAUGAAUGCGUCCUGGCUUCUGCUGCUGAGAAAUCUUCACUCCCAAAUGUAAAUAUGUAUUUAAUUAGAAUUGCUUCUGUCCAGAUUUAAAUCUACUACCAAAAACUGCUUUGGGGCUUCACUAGCAAAUUCUUUGUGUCAAAAAUGUUCAAGACAACAGCAAUUACCCUAGUUGCAUACUAAAUUGAACAUCUUAAAUAAUAAGUGAAAAUAAAUUAAGCAGAGAAAAUAAUAUAUGUAAUUUGCCUUCAAGAUAAAUUGAUGCUACAGAUCCCAUGUUGUCCCAGGCACACAGUACAUACCAACAGUUCAUGUCUGUCUUCUCCCUUGUGUAUAUUAGCAGAAGUAGAACAUACACUCAUCUGUAUACAAAUAAUCUGUAACUGUAUACAAAUAAUCUGUAACUGUUUGUUUUAUGGAAAAAAAGAAAACUAUAGCAAUAUUUGUGUAUAAAUUAUACUAGCCUCAUGUGACUAACUAAGGUGUUCAAGCCAUCUGGUACAGGCUGAAAGAGCAUGAACUCUAAUUCAUAUUUAAGGAUAGAGUCAGUUUCAAAGGAGUGUUAUCAUUUUUUUUCAUGUAUUUGUCUUGUUCCUAAGAUCUGUAUGCUGUACAGACGUGUAGGAUAAUUUAUACCUAACCCUGUCUGAAUCCUCCCACCGAAAAUCACAAUCCCACAUUUUUGUAGAGAUCAAUGACAGUUAUGGUCUUGUGUUCCUGUAAUUUGUCUUAUUUUAACAGUAUGAAUUCGGAAUUUGUAUUCUACAUUACAUAUUAUCUGUUCUAUGCAAAGAUAUCAGGGUGAAAUAAACUACCUUAGUUCUUAA